AUGAAGAAAUUAACUAAAAAACGUGAGGCAAAAGGCUGGCUUUCUAAGGACUAUGGCUGGCCCCAAGAGAAGAAGAGGAAGCCUGAAAUAGCAGAACCUGUUACAGUUGAAGACAUUACUGUGGUCUUCACAGAGGCAGAAUGGAGGAGCCUGAGCUCUGAGCAGAAGAAUCUGUAUAGAGACGUGAUGCUGGAGAUUUACAGGAAUCUGCUGUCAUUGGAGCCAAGGCCAGAAAUCUACUCGUGCCUUCUGGCUUUCUCCUGUCAGCGAUUCCUCAGUCAGCAUGUGAGUCAGCUCUUCACAGACUUAAGUGCAGAAAAUCACUCCCAUCCGAGGAGCUCCAGCCCAGAGCAUCAGAAUAAGCAAGAACAGCAGAACUCCAGCCAAAGCUGCUGGGCUGAAAACACCAAUAUUCAGGAGAAAGAAGUCUUCAAAGCCCCAGGAAAAAAGGUGGAAACAUCAAGAUUUGGAGCAGUCGCCUACGGAGAGGAUGAACCAGACGAUGGCCUGAAAUCAAAUUCCAUCACUACCCAGAGGUCCCACUUCAUCAGACACCAGAGGAAACACUCAGGUGAGAAACCUUAUAUGUGUCAGGAGUGUGGCAGAGGCUUUUUCAGGAAAUCAGUCCUCCUCAUGCACCAGAGGACACACUCUGGGGAGAAGCCCUAUUUGUGCAAGGAAUGUGGGCGAGGCUUUAAUCAGAAAUCACACCUCCUUGUACAUGAGAGGACACACUCAGGGGAGAAGCCUUUUGUGUGUGAGGAGUGUGGUCAAGGUUUUAACCGAGUAUCAAAUCUCUUCAGACACCAGAGGGCACACUUAGGGGAGAAACCUUACGUGUGCCUGGAGUGUGGCCGAGGCUUUAACCAGGAAUCAAGCCUCCUUAUACACCAGAGGACACACUCAGGAGAGAAGCCCUAUGUGUGCAAGGAGUGUGGGCGAGGCUUCAGUCAGAAUUCACACCUCAUCAGACAUCAGAGGACACACUCAGGUGAGAAGCCCUACAUUUGCAGUGAAUGUGGCCGAGGCUUUACCCAGAAAUCAGUCCUCCUUACACACCAGAGGACACACUCAGGGGAGAAGCCACAUGUGUGCAUGGAGUGUGGGCGGGGCUUUAAUGGCAAAUCAAAUCUCAUCAGACACCAGAGGACCCACUCGGGGGAGAAACCUUACGUGUGCCUGGAGUGUGGACGAGGCUUUAAUGGAAAGUCAAAUCUCAUCAGACACCAGAGGACACACACAGGAGAGAAGCCAUAUGUGUGCUUGGAGUGUGGGCGAGGCUUUAUCCAGAAGGCAGGCCUCCUUUUCCACCAGAGGACACACUCAGGGGCAAAACCACAUGUGCGCACAGAGUGUGAUCAAGGCUUCACUUGUAAGGAAGAUCGCCUUAGACAUCAGUGGAUGCACUCGGGAAAGCCCUGUGUUUGCAGUGAGUGUAGCUGAGGCUUAAGCCAGAAGUCAAAUCUUCUAAGACAGCAGAAGACACACUCAGAUGAAAACUCCAUGUUUGCAAUGAGUAUGGCAAAUAUUUUUAACAGAGGACAUGGAAUAGAAGUUCUCUGUGUGUAG